ACUUCUCUUCUUCCCUUUUCCGGCUACCAUUUCUCUUCCCCCGUCCACGUUCCUAGCAGGGGUGGCAUUGACUGGGUUCGCGCAAACGGAGCACCAGGUUCAUGAGAUGGCUGCUGAUGGGAAUCAAGAUGACCCCACAUGUACCACGUCAAGAGAGCCAUUACAUAUAUUCCAGGAGGACUUCAAGGAUUCUUUGCCUAGUUCAUCCAUUUAAAAGCUUCUUGCAUCUUCUUAGCUCUAGCUCUCUUGACUGGACCUCCUGGAAUAUAUGUAAUGGCUCUCUUGACGUGGUACAUGUGGGGUCAUCUUGAUUCCCAUCAUUCUUGGGUUCGCCUAAACGUAAGAAAAAAAAAAUAAAUAA